GGGUGUGAGGGGGCGUAACAGAAAACGCGUUUCCUAAACGGGGUUUUUGAGCGACUGAAAGAUUCUCCUUGUUUACUUCCUUUUAUUUUUGUAACGGCCUCGUUUUCGCGAACAGUUACAGAGCAGCAGGGUUUGGUGAUUUUCGUUGCGUUACUAUUUUAGCUAGAGAGCAAGCAAGGAAUCCAAAAGCUAGCUCGUGGCUUUUUCUCGACAAUUAAUAAAUUCCCAUUUAAAAGCCCAACACACCAGCAGUCUCCUCUUUAGAAUGACUUCAAAGCCUCUUCGUUGAUCGGUGAGAGAAGAAGAGGAGUGUUUAACAAAAGCUAUUCAAAGCGCCUUUUGACUUUGCAGCGGAAAAAAAGAAGCUAGAGCUGAUGACGAUAGGAGACGAUAUGUAUGAAGAGCUGUGGAAGCUAAGCGCGGGACCUCUCGUUGAUGUUCCUCAAGCUGAGGAAAGAGUUUAUUACUUCCCUCAAGGUCACAUGGAACAACUGGAAGCGUCAACGCAACAAGACUUGAAUACUAUGAAGCCUCUUUUCGAUCUUCCUCCUAAGAUCCUUUGCAGAGUUAUGAACGUUCGUCUCCAGGCUGAGAAAGAUACGGAUGAGGUAUAUGCCCAGAUUAUGUUGAUGCCUGAAGAAACACUUGAUGAACCUACGAGUCCUGAUCCUUCUCUCCCUGAGUCUCAAAGGCCAAAGUUUCACUCGUUCACCAAGGUUUUAACUGCAUCUGAUACAAGCACCCAUGGUGGCUUCUCUGUUCUAAGGAAGCACGCCACCGAAUGCCUCCCUCCCCUGGAUAUGACUCAGCAAACCCCAACCCAGGAGUUAGUAGCUGAAGAUGUGCACGGUUAUAAGUGGAAGUUCAAGCAUAUUUUUAGAGGACAACCACGGAGGCAUCUUUUGACUACAGGGUGGAGCAACUUUGUCACCUCAAAGAAAUUGGUUGCUGGAGACACCUUUGUCUUCCUCAGAGGUGAGAACGGAGAGUUGCGUGUUGGAGUUAGACGUGCUAAUCGUCAACAGAGCAGUAUGCCUUCAUCAGUCAUAUCAAGUCACAGCAUGCAUCUCGGAGUUCUUGCUACUGCAUGCCACGCUACUCAAACCAGAAGCAUGUUCACCGUUUACUACAAACCAAGGACAAGCCAAUUCAUCAUUAGCUUGAACAAAUAUCUAGAAGCAAUGAACAAUAAGUUCUCGGUAGGGAUGAGGUUUAAGAUGAGGUUUGAGGGAGAUGAUUCCCCUGAAAGAAGAUUUUCUGGCACCGUUGUUGGUGUUCAAGACUGCUCCCCUCACUGGAAAGACUCAAAAUGGCGAUCCUUGCAAGUUAAUUGGGAUGAGCCUGCAUCGUUUACAAGACCGGUUAAGGUUUCACCAUGGGAGAUGGAGCCAUUUGUGACUUCAGAAAACGUUCCCCAAUCAGUUAACAAAAGACCUCGUCACGUUAAUGAAGUAUCUGCACUUCUUGAUGUAGGCGUAACAACUUCAAACCUUUGGAGCUCUGCAUUAACACAAUCAUGCAUCACCUCACAAAGGAAUCCUCCUCAGUAUUCUGAUUGGCCAGUUAGCCCUUACUCAACACUCAACGGCCAAAUGGUUUUCCAAGUGGACCAGAAGAAACAUGAGACCACUGGCUGUAGAUUAUUUGGGAUUGAUCUGAUGAGUCCCUCUCUGCCUGCUUCCGAGGAGAAAACUGCACUCAUGCGACCAAUAAACGUAAACAAACCGGACCUGGACAGCAACACAGACCCAAAGUCUGAGAUUUCGAAACUAUCAGAGGAGAAAAAGCAGGAGCCUGCGCAGGCAUCACCGAAAGAGGUUCAAAGCAAGCAGAUCAGUUCGUCAAGAAGCCGUACCAAGGUGCAGAUGCAAGGCGUACCAGUGGGCAGGGCUGUGGAUUUAACGUUGCUAAAUGGGUACGUUGAGCUUAUAGACGACCUUGAGAAGCUGUUUGACAUAGAAGGAGAACUCAAGAGUCGUAAUCAAUGGGAAAUAGUGUUCACUGACGAUGAGGGAGAUAUGAUGCUUCUCGGUGAUGACCCAUGGCCUGAGUUCUGUAACAUGGUGAAGAGAAUAUUUAUAUGGUCAAAAGAAGAAGUGAAGAAAAUGACGCCAGGGAACCAACUCCGGAUACUGUUAACGGAAGUUGACACGACAGUCUCCAAAACAGAGAACUAUUCCAACUAAUUUCUUGACACUCUCUGUGUCUCAAUUCUUAUCAGGUUUGUCUUUGUUCUGUGUCUGUGUUUUAUCGCGAGGUAGGCUUAAAACAGAAAAAAAACACGUCUUGUCACAACAAAAGUAAAGGCUUACAAAAGGGUGUUCAUGGGUUUCUUUCUAUUUUUCAAGGUAGGCUUCUCUGUAAGGUUUUAUUAUUUUUCCUUAUUAGAAACUUGUGUGUGUAAGAGAUACGAGGAUGUAACAAACAGAGAAGUAGAAAAUAAGAUUGUGAAUAACUGGGGAUGUUUGGAUUAUAUAAGAGGGAUAUAAUCCCCAUGGCUUGUGUAAGCCUUUGUGUUCC